AUGGAAACAAAGCAACUUCGGGACGAGAAUGAGGCCCUGAGGAACGAAAUGGGUUUUAGUCAUGGGGGAAGUUGGCCGUGUGAUAUCUCUAGGGGUGGACGUGCAGGAGGUGUAUCAAUCUGGUGGUCGGAAGAAGUUAAGGCGGAGGUGAUUGAGGAAUCACAAAACUAUAUGGAUCUUAAAGUUGAGGAAGGUCACGACAAGGUGUGGCGGUUUACUGGCAUAUAUGGAUGGGCUGAGGGACGCGAUAAACACCGAACGCUAGAGCUAAUCCGAGAGAGGGCAAGACAAUGGAAUGGACCAUGGAUUUGUGGCGGGGAUUUUAACCAAAUCUUAUCAGACCGGGAGAAAAAAGGGGGUAACCCCGGGAACGAAGUGGAGAUGCAAGCUUUCGCGGAGUGCUUAGCGGAGACGGGACUGUGCGAUUUAGGCUUCCAUGGUUACCCUUUUACGUGGGAGAACAGGAGGAGUGGUGGGGGAUACAUUGAAGAGAGACUGGAUCGGUACUUGGCUAAUGAAGAGUGGCAGAAUUUAUGGCCUAGUGCGAGGGUGCUACACCUAGAUUCGGCACGUUCCGAUCAUCGGCCGAUCUCAUGUGAAACAGUGGGUGACGAGGAUGACAUAAAGUGGGGAUGGAAUUUUAGGUUCGAGCCGCUCUGGGUAAAACAUGCUGAGUGUGCGGAGACUAUAAAGGAAGCCUGGGCUUCGGCGGCCGGGGAGACGACUGCAAAAAUUGCUCAUGUGCAGGAGAAGCUUGACCAAUGGAGUAGGGUUACGUUCCCAAAUUUUGGAAGACAGAAGGAGAAAAUUCGCCGGGCUCUAAGGGCGCUGGACAGGAGGGAGAAAACAGACGAGAUUAUACUUAACAAACAAAAGCUCCAGCUGGAGCUGGAAGACUUGGAAUGCGAUGAGGAGCUGUUCUGGAAGCAACGGUCGAGGGCCGAUUGGCUCCGGGAGGGUGACCAGAACACAAGCUUUUUCCAUAGGAAAGCUUCAAUGCGUAGAAAGCGCAAUCUGAUCCGUAAGCUGAGAGAUGAAUCUGGAGCGUGGUGGCGAGGUAAUGAGGAUGUCUCUACGUGCCUUACAAAGUAUUUUAGUGAGUUGUUCAUGGCAGGGGGUCGCCCACCUCAGACGCCAGUUUUGGACUCGGUGGAGACACGUGUGAAUGAUGAAAUGAAUGCUUGGCUAGAGCGCCCCUUGACUCGAGAAGAGCUCUAUGAAGCGCUUCGACAAAUGGGGAAAAGGAAGGCAUCGGGACCGGACGGCAUGUCAGUUUUGUUUUUUGUGCGGUAUUGGGAUAUUGUCGGUGAUGAGAUCUCGGAGCUGUUGCUUGGAGCGUGGGAGAGUGGGAUAAUGCCGGCGGGUCUGAACCACACUUUAAUUGCUCUGAUCCCAAAAGUAAAAGAUCAAGUGAUGGCAAGAGAGUUUCGACCGAUAAGCUUGUGUAACGUGAUGUAUAAGAUGCUCUCGAAGGCGAUGGCGAAUAGAUUGAAAUCUCUGUUGGACACGAUCAUUUCGCCGGAGCAGAGUGCUUUUGUGCCUGGGCGCUUUAUCGCGGAUAACGUGAUGACGGCUUUCGAAUGCUUUCAUACGAUGAAGAAGAAAACAAAAAACAAGACAGACUACUUAGCAGCGAAGACUGACAUGGCAAAAGCCUAUGAUCGGGUUGAAUGGUGGUUCCUUGAAGAGAUGAUGAGUAGAUUGGGGUUCGCAGCGAGCUGGAUCCAGAGAACAAUGAUGUGUGUAAAAUCAGUGACCUAUUCUAUCCUGGUUAAUGGACACCGAUUACAGUCUUUUGCUCCCAGCAGAGGAAUCAGGCAGGGUGACCCACUGUCACCGUACUUAUUCCUGUUGGUGGCAGAAGGUUUGUCGAGCUACGUUUCGCUAGCGGCCAAGCAGAAGCGCAUUCAUGGGCUGUCGGUAGCGAGGGGAGCUCCGGUGAUCUCACACCUAUUUUUUGCUGACGAUGCUAUCUUUUUUGCUAGGGCGACAGUAAAGGAAGGCCUAGAGCUGAGAAGAGUUCUUGAUGAUUACCAAACGGAAUCCGGACAAAUGGUCAGCCUUGAAAAGUCAGAGGUUACCUUUGGGUCGAAUGUGAAGAUGCAUCAACGGCUGAUGGUUAGUUCGACAUUGGGCAUGAAGGUGGUAGAGAAGCAUGAUAAGUACUUGGGGCUGGUGACUCAAGUGGGUAGAUCGAAAAAAGAGCUGUUCGUGUACUUAAAAGACCGGGUGCGGAAGAAGCUGUCCGGUUGGAAGGAGAGGACAAUGUCAAUUGCAGCUAGAGAGGUUCUGAUUAAGUCGGUGGCCCAGGCUCAGUUAACGUACACGAUGUCGGUAUUUAAGGUACUAGAUGGAGUCAUUGACGAGAUCCAUGGAUUAAUCACCCAAUUCUGGUGGGGACAAAGAGGCCAAGAGAAGAGAAUACCCUGGAUUGCGAGAGAGGGCCUGAUUUGCUCGAAAGCACAGGGCGGAAUGGGCUUCAGGGACCUCCGCGGUUUCAACAAAGCCCUCCUCGCGCGACAAGUGUGGAACCUCUACACCCGUCCAGAUUCCCUGGUGGCGAGGCUGCUGAAAGCAAAAUACCAUAAAAACGACUCGAUCCUAGAUGCGCGUGUGGGAGGGCGACCGAGUUACGUUUGGCGAAGCCUCAUGAGCGCGCAAGAAUUUCUAGUGGAAGGGAUGUGUUGGCGUAUUGGGAAUGGAGCAACGGUAAGAAUUUGGGGUGAUCGCUGGGUACCAUCGGCGCCGGGUUUCAUCGUCCAAUCCUCCCCGACGGGUCUUCCGGUGGAUGCAGUGGUGCGAGAUCUGUUUGAAGAAGGUUUGGAGAGGUGGGAUGAUACAAUGCUUGAGAGUUGUUUUUCAGCUGACAUGGUACACGCUAUCCGCCAAAUACCUCUACGAGACCUAGGGGAGCCGGACUGCAUGAUUUGGGCGGACAGCAAGGAUGGUAGGUACACGGCCCGUGAUGGAUACAGAACGUGGCUGGGAAAGCAUCAACAAGAGGUGGGUGACCGUAGCAUGGGGGAGCCAGCCAUUUGGAAUCGCCUUUGGGCGAUGCACGUACCUCCAAAGGUCAAGAUAUUUAUGUGGAAAUUCAUGAGAGGAGCUUUAGCAACUGGUGAGCAGGUGAGUAAGCGCAAUCCCAGAAGAGGUGACUCGUCUCCUUUUUGUAAUCAAUUGUAA